AUGGCAGGUGUUGUCCACCGCCACCACCACUUUGCCAGGAGAGGAUACCGUCAAAGGGUGUAUGUUGAACAUACCAAGCCACUGGAGCAAUACACCACUGAGGAGCUGUAUGUCCGGUUUUGCUUUGGGAAGGCUGAUAUAGAGUACCUUGUCAACCUUCUCAGGCCAAAACUUCAACACAGAACCCAAAGGAGUCACGGUCUGUCUGUGGAAGACCAGAUCCUCAUUGCUCUCCGAAUUUAUGCAUGUGGGACUUUCUAUCAGGUUGGUGACUAUAUAGGAGUGGUGAAAUCAGCUGUGUGUGAUGUGGUGAGAGAUGUGUCAAUCGCACUGGCCAGCCUGGUCAAUGAAUUUGUUUCUUUUCCAAAGGACAACCAGAUUGCCCAGGCCAAGCGCAGCUUUUUUCUUUUGGGGAAUAUGCCCAAUACUAUUGGAGCAAUCGACUGCACACAUGUGCAUAUACAAGCACCUCGUGAGAAUGAAUGGGAGUUUAUAAACAGAAAGGGGAGGCACAGCAUCAAUGUCCAACUUGUGUGUGAUGCUGACCUCAUCAUCACCAACUGCGUUGUCAAGUGGCCUGGGUCUGUCCAUGAUGCACGCAUCCUGAGGGAGAGCGCUCUAUAUAUAGACCUCCAAACCAACCGACCGGAUGGCAUAAUAUUAGGAGACAGUGCCUACCCACUCCUACCAUGGCUGAUGACUCCUUUUCUAACAGCAAAUACACCGGCGCAGGCACGCUUCAACACUGCUCAUUGCAGAGCAAGAUGUGCAAUUGAGCGUUUAAAUGGAGUUCUUAAGAGGCGCUUUGCAUGCCUUAACUACCUGAGAGCGGAACCACAGAAAGCAUGCAACAUAACCCUUGCCUGUAUUGUCCUGCACAACAUCGCUACUAAGCGCAGUGUCCCUCUCUGUGCUGACAAUAAUGCACCUGAGCCCCUUGGAGACCCUAACCAACCUCCUGCAUUCUGCCAGAACGAGCAAACAGAAUGUGCAACAAGGGACGCAAUAGUUAGACACUAUUUCUGAUUUGGAAUUGUUUUGGAUUUCAAAAAUCAGUGAUUGCCAUUCUUUGCAUUUUUGGGGUUAUUCUGUAAUCAUUGCAUGCAUCACUAAUAAAUAUUCUAAAAACAAAAA